GUGUGUGUUAGAAAAGAGAGAGAUUGAGAGAGAGUGACAGGAACUGGUGUGUUUUAAACAGGAAGAGGCAAAACCUCGUCUGUAGUUCCUAGACUGCUGCUACCAACUGUAAUAUUCAUAAGAUAGACAACAGUUGGAAGACAUAAAGACUCCUCCUCUGUUGCUGCUGCUGCUGCCGCCACCACCACCGUCACCAUCAACAACAGCACUGACUUAGAAGAAAAAGAAAAAGAAACAAAUAAUAAACGGUGCACAACAGAGAGAGAACAAACAAACACCAGCGGGAACUAAUAACAAUUAUACAGAGGCAGACAGAAAGAAAUUGAAAAUUAAACCGACAUGUCAAGUGAAAGUGUCGAGACCAUCUUUCUGUUCGUUCCGAACCUGAUAGAUUAUGGACGAGUUGUGUUUGCCUUUGCUGCAUUUUACUUCAUGCAAACAAAUUAUCAGCUAGCAGCUUUCCUUUAUCUUCUCAGUGGAUUUUUGGAUUCAUUUGAUGGACAUGCUGCUCGAGUUUUGAAUCAAGGUAGCAAACUUGGAGCCAUGCUUGACCAACUUAUAGACCGAUUUACAACAAUGUGUCUUAUGGCAGCAUUGUGUUUCUUCUACCCAAAAUACAUGCUAUUUUUCCAGUUCAGCAUGACAGUUGACAUUGUCAGUCACUGGUUUCACUUACAAAGUUCCCUUAUGAAAGGUGCUGGUAGCCAUAAAGUUCUUGAUUUGUCAGCAAAUCCAAUUCUGCGCCAUUAUUAUCACAAUAAAAUCAUUCUCUUUCUGAUGUGUUCAGGCAAUGAACUUUUCUACUGCUUGUUGUACGUCAGAUAUUUCACAUCUGGACCAGCAGUAUUUGGAAGUAUUGGACUUGUGACUGCAUUGCUCUAUCCUUGUGGAUUGGUUGCUUUCCUGAAGACCAUUAUAAGCAUCCUCCAACUUUACAGUGCAAUGGCCAAUGUUGCUGCUAUUGACGUUGCAGAUCGUGCUGCCCUCAGGACUUCAGAAAAUAAUGCAAAGAAAAUAUCUUAAGAUUCUGGAAACUGUGAAAUAAAUGUAUAUUGAAUAGGUAUUUUAUGAAAGUUUGAUGCACACUCAAAAGUGUGUAUGUGAGAUAUAUAUAUAUAUAUAUAUAUAUAUAUAUAUAUACACACAC